CAACCAAACAUGACUUCCAGCUCCAGGGACGAUUCUGUCUCUCUCCUCCCCCAAAAUGCCGGACACGGACACCAAAACCUCGUCCUAUUGUCCCUUUACCGGCCUCCUCCAUACCCACAUAGACGCCUUCUCCGCCUCUGUGCCCAAUACUCCGCCGCCUUCCUCCUCCUCGCCGCUCUAUCUUUUCUACUCUUCCCCUCCGAUCCCUCGCUCCAACUCGUCCGAUUGAAACUCAACCACGCCAAAGUCCGUUUGUUGCCGGUUCUCGUCCUUGACCUUUCUAUCUCUGCUUCUGUUAGGGUUCGCAAUAAGAACUUCUUCUCUCUCGAUUACAAUUACCUUGGCGUUUCCGUUGGCUACAGAGGAAGUCGACUUGGAUUUGUCAGCUCCGACGGCGGUCGAGUUUCCGCUCGAGGGUCUUCUUGUGUGAAUGCCACUGUGGAUUUGAAUGGAGUUGAGGUCAUUCACGAUGCCUUUUACUUGCUUCAGGAUUUGGGGAAAGGUAUCAUUCCAUUCGAUUCAAAGACGGAAGUCGAAGGAUUCAUGGGGUUUUUCUUUAUCAAAUUCCCCAUUAAGGCAAGAGUAUCAUGUGAUGUAUUUGUGAAUACAAAAAGACAAACGAUUGAACAUCAAGAUUGCUACCCUGAGUGAAGGGAAGGAUAGAACUCCCCAAAUCCUCUGCUGAAUUUGUCUGUAAUUAUCACUCCUAUCAACUUAGGAUCCAGAAAAGAAAAUGUUUAAUUCUUUGUGGAUUAGUGCUGUUUAGUUUAAGGUUUCAUGUGUCAUCAUCAUGAUUUUAUGAAAAUAAAUUCUAUUUCUAUGUAUUUUAUAAAA